UAAAAAAUAAAGAAUUAGCAUUAUGGAAUAAAUUUACUGGAUAUGAUAAAGAUGAUAAAGCUUUAAAAGAAAUAAAAAACAAAUUAAUAGAUAAAGAAAAUACUAUUAUUAUAUUUGAUGAAGCACAUUUUCCUAAUACAAGUUAUCAAGUAAUACAACUACUAAUAAUUAGAAUAAGAUAUAAUACUUUAUUAAUAAGUGCUACAUUUCCUAAAAAAAACUUUUCUAUAUCAACAUCAAAACUAAGAGAAGUAUAUUCUAUAACUAAAUUUUCUAAUCAAACAAAUUGGGAAAAUGAAAAAACACAAAUAUUCUUUAGAACAACUGCAAAUAAAUAUUCUAGAAAAAUAAAUAAUGAAGAAGAUACUGAUGCUGAACCAAUAUUAAAAUCAGGAUUAAUACCAAAAAAAUUUAAAUUAUUAGAAGAAAGUGAUAUACCUUUUGUAAUAUUUGAUAAUACAAAUUCAUCUGCUAUAUCUGGUAUAACUGAAGGAAUGUCAUCUGGUUCUUUAUUUAUAGCAAAUAUUAAUUAUGAAAUAGGAUUUAGUCCUGAUAUUGAUAAUGUAAUAUUAACUGAAGAAACACAAUUAGAAAAAUUAGGAAAAGGACUAGGAGCAAAAAGAAGAAUUUAUAAUGAAAAAGAUGUUCAAUACUUAUCAGUCGCAAGUAUGGUCCAACAAAUAGGUCAUGUUGGAUAUUUAAAAAAAGGAAAAGCUUUUUUAACUACACAACAAUUAAAAAAAUUAAUACCAAGUGAUAAUAUUGUAUUUCAUCUAAUAACUGAAAUAAUGCUUCCUUUAGGUAAAGAACCAAUGAAAAAAUUAAACACAUUGGGUUAUUUAUUUACUAAAAAUAUUAAUAAUCAUAAAUAUCAAAAUUUUCUUUGGGCAUCUAUUUCUUUACGAUAUAAAAAAAAUUGUUCACUAGAAGCUGUUAUGAUCAGUGUUAAAGGAAAUCCUAAACUAAGUUCUGUUAAUCAAAUAUGUUCUACAUAUGAUAAUUUACUAGAUCAAAUGCAAAAGAUCUAA